UAUAGUCGCCCAAAAAAUAAAGAAGGCGGGCGUCUAAUUAGUUUUAAGUUAAAUUAAUAAUAGUUAAAUAAGUUAUCGUGUAUUAUUAAUUUAUAUUAACAAAUUAAAAUGGAGGAAUUGUGGAAAGACAGUAAUAUAUUUUAUAAUAUCUUGUGUUUUUUGAUAACGGAAAAUGAAAAAUUGUUUGAUAGAAGUGACGCAGUUUUGUACUGGCGUACAGUGUUUCAUUUUUUUGGUAUUUUACAUCACGUGUACAUUGGGCUAUUCGCUAAGGGGUUGAAUAUUGAGAAUAAUCCCAACCCGGAUAUAAGAAUGUUGUAUACAUUCGGCCCUGGUUAUUUAACCGGAUGGAAUUUUACCUUCCAAACAGUGUUCCUCGGGUUGUCUCUGAUCCACGAUGUGCUGGAGUGGCUUGACAAGCAGAAGAGCAACCUUGGCAGCAAGAUCAAGUAUUGGAGGGAUGUGAUAUUCUGCGGCAUGGUGUUACCUUUUACAUUGUUCGUAGCAGGCAUGUUCUGGACGGUGUACGCUAUCGACCGCGAGCUGGUCUUCCCGAAGAUCUACGACGAAGUAGUGCCGUGGUGGUUCAACCAUUGUGUGCACACCAACAUCACGGUGGUUCUGUUGGUCGAGACUUUACUCCAGGCUCGAAGGCACCCAACCAAUAUGAAGCUGGAGUUAAUUCUGUACUGGAUUGUCGCGUUUUCUUAUGCCAUCGUGUACUACACCAUCUACUUCGUGACUGAUCGCUGGUUGUACCAGGUCUUCGGCGUCAUGAACUGGUGGCAAGUCUGUCUGUACCAGGUCUUCAUUUGGCUAAUAUCCUACGGCUUCUACAGAAUACAGUUCCCAAUCAAUAGAUUGUUCCACGGGGCGGACGUGGAGCCAACCGAAAAUGAUGCAGAGAAACAAAAUAACGAUUUUGUUGAUGCUGGUAAAACUUACGAAACCGAUAGUUUUAGCACUGAGGAAAACGGUAAAGGCGUAGACUUGAAUACGUCGCUCCCAGGUGAAUCGUGGAGUUUGAAGUUCAGAAGUUUAAAGAAUAACAUAGAAAAUUCCCGAUUGUGAUCUUUAAUAGUAAUUAAAAAGCUUGAAUGGUUAGCAUUAGGUAGGAACCAACUUGUGAUCAAGGUGUGGUGAUAUAUAAUUAUCAUAGGACAAUGGGUGAUUACGAUGUUUUUAAAUUUUAAAACCCAGUGGCACAACUGUCAAGGGCCCGUCUCAAAAAUUUAAUUGGGGCCCUAAUUAAAUUAAAUUAAAUACUUUAAAAGAAUAGUUAUUAGGUAUGGUGUUUUACUGUAACAAGCUCAUUACGGAUUAAGGAAAACAGUGGUGUCAACAACUGUGGCUCAGAGAGCAGGCCUAUACUCAGUAGUGGAACUAACGGCUAAGAAGCCGAUGAUGAUUACGAAGAAAUACUUUAACGGAACAAAAAUACUUUAAAAUUCUUUAAUUAACUAGGAUAUUAUAUAACCUUUUCAAAGGCCGUACUUGUCCCGUCUAGCUGUAUGGUAGUUACGCCACUGGUAAAACCGUAUACCGGUAACUCUUCCGUGGAGGCUCUCAAACUUAGCUCGCAUUAUUUUUGUUUCUGGAGAGUGUUGAGUGGAGAUAAAUGCCCCCAUACAUAUCGAGACAUGCUAAGAUCCAUCGUUUCAAAUGGUUUGCAGUACAUCCUAUUAUUACCGUUAACUAUUUACUUAAUCGAAGGUAACAAAAUUAUAGAAGAUCUCAAUCAUGGAUAUGUACCAACUCAUCUUGACUCUCGUAAGAAUAAAUCGACAGCUCUUUGAUUUUGUGACCAAUUGAUUCGUAUGCAUCUAAGAAACACUGGAUCUUCAAGUUUCACCUCAGCUCCGAUUGAUCGAGGCAGCGGAUCGUCCCGUGUAGAGGGGCCCUAAAUAUUUGCUCACAAUAUUCUUAUGAUAUAUAGUAAAUGGAAGGAUGCAAGCUCUAAAAGAUUUUCAACCAUUUAAACCCUUUUAAUAGUUUACUAUUUGUGCAAUAAAAAUAUUAAGAUUUGGUAGCUUUAUUCUAUCUAAAGUAAAGACAAAGUUGAAAUGUUCUUUCUUCAAAUAGAAUUAUGAUAAUUUAUGCAAGGUGAUGAGUUUUAUGUCAUUGUACAGUUAUUAAUAGUACUAUCAUAACAAUAAGUAUAUAAUAUUAUGGAAUGUAGCCUUUGUGCAAGCCCUUAGCGCCGCGCGCCCGCUCUUUUUCACCUCCCAACCCGCCACACCCCGCGGUCGCCUAAUGGAUGUUGCCGCUGUCACAUUAUAUGGGUUAAAAGAAAAAUAAUGCUAAGGGCCGUGGGGGUAAGAAGUGAGAUUUUAAUAGGAUUAUCCUGGGUCUAGGUCGACUAUGACAAUGUGCUGAUAACUAUAUAAUUGAUAACAACGAAAUAAAUAGUAUAUAUGGUGGCAAACGCAUACGCGAAUGAACGGAUAAUGUGAUGCUGUUCAUUAAAAUUAUAAUAUUGUCCUUCAGUGAAUUAUGUUAUAGAUUUAAUAUAAUUGUUAUACCCAUAUCAGAAUAACUGGCCCGUUAUUUUCUGGCUCUGCAUCGUAAAUUAUCACCAGAUGAGAUUAGGUACAGUCAAGGGUUAACUCCUAGUGGCAAGAAAGAGGCCUAGACCACCUCCUGGCUUGAAAGAUGGAUCCAGCAUUAACUUCAGAUUUGGUUAAUUGUUGUCUUUCGAUAUGCUUUGAUAUAAUAUGUCCAUUUGAGCGGCGGGACCGGAAAUAAUUAGUUUGAUCGUCGGUAGCAGGGGUUGGGGGUGGAUCGAAAUAUUCGAUUGAUUUAUUCCCAUGUCCCCAAGAAGAAAAUAAUAUGAUCAUGAUUAAUAAGAUAUGUCAGUUUUUUUUAAGAAGACACAGAUUUUCAGUACCUAUAUGUAUUAUUUGCCCGAUCCGAUCUUCGUAUCGUUCGAUAUACCGUAUCAAGCGUCGUGUAUCGCAUCAUAUAAUAGUCGCGUUUUAAAUUGUCCAGUUCUGUGUCAGCUUUCCUUUGAUUUUCGAACAAAAACGGACUCGACGUGGAACGCCCCGUAUCGUAUCAGAACGGCGUGUCGAGAUCGCGAUGAAUACAGUGAUACGAAUACAGUGAUCGAGAGAAUAAUUUUCCUUAUAUUUUAUUUAGUUAUGUCAUUUGGUACUAUUAUUUACUGGUCAAUAUUUUUUAGCAAAUAAGUUAUUGUAUUCUAAUAAUAUUUUGUACAUUUAUAUAAGCAAUAAAAAUAUAUAAUAAUAAUAAGUAAUAAGUGAAUUAAUAUAA